UCCAAUCCCCUGGCCAAGUCUUCAAAGGACAAGCGGGGAGGAAAGAAACUUGCUGGCCGGGCGGCGGCUCCUAUCCCACUUCCUCCUCCGCAGCUUCUGACAGACUUGCAGGAAAGGCACGGGGACGAGGCCGGCCUAUAAUCAGAGCCGCGCAGCUGGAGGGCCUCCUAGCCUCUCGGGAAGGCUCGAGACGCCCUCGGGGCAGCUCGGAAGGGAGGGCUCGCCAGCCGCGGGACAAAGACGCUUCCUGCCUCGCCACACCGGCUCGCCUUGCCGCCAUAAUGCCAGAUCAGACUUAUUGUGAUCGUUUGCGACAGGACACGGCUUUUCUAACCAGCAAUGGCAGACUGAGUGAACAGCUGGUUGAUAAAAUCAUUCUUCAGCUAAAUCGAGUUUAUCCCCAAAUUCUCACCAUUAAAGAAGCUGAAAAGUUUCGGAAUCCCAAAGCUCCUCUUCAUAGUCGGCUAUCAAACCUUAUAACUCACUUGAAAAAGAAAGGAGACAAACCCUGUCAAGAAUUUUACCGAGCUUUACAGAUCAAUGCUGAGCAUCUCUAUAACAACUUGCCAAGCAGGAAAAUUAUAAAAACCUCAGAUUCCACAGGGAUAAACCCUGAGAAGGAGAAAUAUAUUCUAAAUGACAGGGGUCCUACGUUCUUUCUUGCCUGUUUCAGUAUUGCUGCAGGAUUAGCAUUCUUCAUGUAUUGCUGCAAUCCAGACUCCAGAAUUCUGGGAAAAGCCAAGAAGGUGCUGGGAUUUUCCCCAAUUAUCAUAGGAAGACAUGUUAGCAACAUCUGUUUGUUAUACAUGGAAGAUUCAUCAGGAAAACAGUAAGAAUAAAUGGGACAGCAUCAGAUUUCCCUGCCAAUAGCACGGAUGCUUUGCAAGCAAUUGCUUUUUCAUAUACCAAAGAUAUAACUCAGAUGCUUUAGCAGUCUUUGCUGCUUCAAAGGGCUUUCAGAAGAUCACUUGUAUUUGCCUUUUACUUUGUGGAGCAUAUUUUUUUUUAUUUUUGUACAAGCUUAUUUUUAAAAAUUAUUUAUCACCUUGAUAAAAUAUAUUUUAAGGCAAAUAAGCAUUUUAACAUGUCCUAAUUCAUUGCAAAGUCUUGAGAGUCAAGUCAUGUAUGUAUGUGUAUAAAGUAAAUAUAUAUAUAUAUAUAUUGCAUUCUGCCAUUUUCUGUUACAAGAUGAGCUGAAAGCUCCUGCUUAGGCUACUACUGAAUGAUGGAGCCUUGGUAUGUCUCAUUAUUAAGAGGAUAAUGAACUCUACAUAGAAGCUGUUCUGAGUGCCCUGCUUCAUUGAGAACAAAUGGAAGUUUUCCACCUAAUAUGAGUGACAAUCUUGAAUGCUGAUGAUAGAACCCAUCGAGUUUUGUAUAUCAGCUAAUCCAUUAUCAAUUGUUCUCUUUUUUGUAUUAAUUGUAUUAGACAAGAAAUAAUAUUUGAAAUAAUGUAUAAGCAAUUAUAAACAAAUGCUAUAGGUGCAAAUGAACCGAAAGCCUUAAUGAAAAAUGGAGUGUAUAGUUUUAUUUUUAAAUGUUAAAAGAACUCUGCAUUCUUUGUUUUUAACAGACUCCAGGAGUUCCCUGAUACGAAUAACCUAGGCAAAAAUAAGCAUUUGUUAGCAUUUGCUUCUUAGUCCAACUGUAUAAGAUUUCAUGCUAUGUUCCAAACAGAAACUUAAGUUUGUGGCCAAGAAUUUAGCCUUUAUAAUAUCAUGUGCUUUUGAGGACCAUAAACUGCCUCACACAUCUGAAGGGUUCUGUUCCAUGAAAAAUUUCACUUCUCAGAAGCUCAUUUUACAUGCUCCUUCUGCAUAGCAAUUUCAUGAAGCAUCAAGACUGUGUCAUCAUCCUUUAGCUCUUCUGCCUUGCCUUUUUUCACCUCU